UGGGAUGGGAGCGAGGAGCCGGCGGGAAAGGGAAGCCGGGGAGCCCAGCGAGGCUCCACGCUACAGGAAGCCGCGGCCUCCGGUGAUAAAUAGGAAAGCCGGGAGCACAGGAUGUGUUUCGGGAGAGCUCGGCGGGACACCGGGAUGUGACUCCGCUGGUCAUUUGUCCAUUCGCCCGGCGGGAUGGCCACGCUCCGGCCGCUCCUGCUGCUGCUGCUGCUGGCCGGGCGCUCCGGAGGGGAGGACGCCGAGGUGCUGUGCGCCGACAGCGCCUGCUACACCCUGCACCGGGACGAGAGCAGCUGGAAAAGCGCCCAGGAGCGCUGCCGGGAUAACGGGGGCAACCUGUCGCCGGUGGGCAGCGCGGGCGAGGCCGCGCUGCUGCGGGAGCUGCUGGCCGCGGCCCGCUGGGCCGGCCCGGCCUGGCUGGGGCUGGCGCUGCCCAGGGGCCACUGCGUGCAGCCGCAGGAGCCGCUGCGAGGCUUCUCCUGGGCGGCCGGAGGGGAGCCGGGCGACUUCUCGGAGUGGGCAUCCGAGCCCGCGGUCACCUGCCUGAGCGCCCGCUGCGUCGCCCUGCAGCCCCCCGGCGCGCACGGCCCCGGCGGCUGGGCGGACCGGGCCUGCCGGACCCCGCUCCCGGCUUUCCUCUGCAAGUUCAGCUUCCAGGGAAUGUGCGGGCCGCUGCCGCUGGCCGGCCGCGGGGCGGUCGCCUACCGAACCCCGUUCGGGGUGCGCAGCGCCCGCCUGGACGCCGCUCCCUUCGGGACGCUGGCCGAGGUGGAGUGCGACGGCGGCCGGGACCCGGCCUUCGCCGUCUGCAAGGGGCCGCUGGCCGGGGGCGGCUUCGCCUGGCACCCGCCGGGUCCCCUGUGCCCGCUCACCUGCGGCCACCGCAACGGCGGCUGCCAGCAGCGCUGCCUGGACGGGCCCGGCGAGUCCCCGCGCUGCGCCUGCCACCCCGGCUACGUGCUGGCCGCCGACAUGGCCUCCUGCCUUCCCGAGGAUUCCUGCCAUCCCAAUCCCUGCCAGGGAUCCUGCCGGUCGCUGCCCGGCGGCUUCGAGUGCGGCUGCGAGCCCGGGUACGCCCUGGCGGCCGACGGCCGCGGAUGCUCGGAUGUGGAUGAGUGCGAGUCGGGGCCGUGCCAGCACCUGUGCCGCAACGUUCCCGGCGGCUUCCAGUGCCACUGCCGGCCCGGCUACCGCCCCGCGGGGCCCGCUGGCCGCCGCUGCCACGACGUAGACGAGUGUGCCCAGCCCCACGCGUGCCCGCAGCUCUGCAUCAACAUUCCCGGCUCCUUCCGCUGCGCCUGCCGGCCCGGCUUCCAGCGGCAGCCGGGAGGAGAUUCCUGCCUGGAUGUGGAUGAAUGCCUGCGGGAUCCGUGUCCCGGAGCCUGCCGCAACUUCCUCGGCGGCUACGAGUGCCUGUGCCCACCUGGCUCCCUCCGGGACGGGGAUGGACGCGGCUGCAGCCCCGGAGAGGCGAUCCCAAACAGUAUCCCGCAGAACUCCACCAGCAUCCCACAGAGCUCCGGCAGCAUCCCACAGAGCUCCGGCGUCAUCCCACAGAGCACCAGCGUCAUCCCACGGAGCUCCGGCAUCCCCCCGACCUCCGGCAUCCCACGCACCACGCGUAUCCCAUGGACCACGAGCAUCCCGCGGACUCUGGGAAUGCCCACCGCGGGAUUGGGAGCCGGCUCGGACGAGCCCGGCGCCGACGGCCCGCGGCUGCUGCUCUAUUACAUCGUGGGCAGCCUGGUGGCCAUCCUGCUCCUGCUGGCGUUCGCCCUGGCGCUCGUGGCUUGCAGGAAAAGGGCGGCCAAGAGGAAGAAGCCGCCGGCCAAAAACGCGGCCGAUAAUUAUUGCUGGGUGCCCGAGCAGCCCGAGAGCCGCGGGGAGCGCAGGUAGGAGGGGGUUAAAGAUCCCGACAAAAGGGUGGGAGGGAAUGCUGUGUGCCCAAAGUAAACUCUUCUGGCUGUUCCAGUGGGAUUUGCAAUCCUGCUGCUCCAAGGGCUAACGGGAGGGGAGAGGGAAUCGGGUGGAUGGCAUGGAGUCUCCUCUGCUCUGCUCCAAAAGGCAAACUCGGAAUGAUUGGAUCGUGUUCCGAAAGGGAAACUGCUCACUUGGAAUUCUCCUUGUACACUGCUGCCCUUGCUCAUGUCUGCAUUCCAGCUUUGGAUUUGCCUCGUUCUCCUGGAAAAGGGUUCGAAAUCAGGAUGGAAAAGGGUUUGAAGUUGGGAUGUGCCUCAGCAGAGCUCGCACAGGCCUCCCAGGCACAACCAGGGUGGGGUUUAAGGGUUAUUUUGGGGGUUUAUUAAAAAUCUGUCACCUGAAACCCGGGAAAACUGUUGAGCAUGGAGCCAAGGAAUGGCAUAAAGGUAGGAAAAGCUGUGUUUGGAAUAGCCACCUCCUCAUUUCCAGAGUAUCCUGCCUAAGCCCACUUCUAAAUAGAGAGAACAAUGCUCUCCUUCCCAUCAGCCACAUGGGAGGCUGGGCUUUUCCUGUUGGAUCAUUUUUUUUGGGAAGGAUCCUUCCCGACUCCAAGCUCAGCGUGUUUUCCCUCUUUCUCUGCGUAAGGAAAACGGUGGAAUUGGAAUAUUUGCUGAUUAUUCUGUAUAAAACUCAUAACUCCACAAAAACUCUCCGGGCCAAGUUGCUCGAUGUUGGAAUUCUAGAAGCUUAGAAUUUUGGGUUUUAGUGUACGGUAAUACAUAUGAGUCGAGGUGGAAGAUUUUGGGUGUUGUACUUCCCAAAAUUCCUUGAGACUCUUCCAGCCUUUUCAGUGGGAGUUCUCCCCAAAAUCCUAAGGGACACAUCCAUCAGCACCUCCUCAACUGUUUAUCCACGCUCUGAAGGACUGGAAAAGAUCAGCCACAAGAUCUGAAGGUUCCAGCAGCUUCCUGAAGUUUCUGUUGGAAUUAUUUUGUCCCUGGAGCUGAAUUGCUCCAGGAAUGGGAAUGGAACACAAAGGAGUUUGUAGUGGGCAGGGAGCUGCAUCCUGUCAUUCCAUGUGCCGAGGAAAACCCUUUCCUGCUUUUUUCUUGUCUUGGGGCUCCAUUGUGAGCUGCAAACAGGAAAACAGAGCUGAUAGGAAUGUUUUCCAUGUUCUGCCUGGGUUGGGAGAAAGGGGGGCAAUGCAGCAGCAGCAUUCUUGGAAAUCCUGCCAAACAUUCCCAAAUCCCAAGCCAGCAGAGCUUUGGGAAUAGCUGGAUCAAUGAAGGAAAUUAAUUAUCCCAUGCAAUUAUGCUGGCUUGGGAUCUGUGGGAAGUGACACCCUUGGGUUUUUUUUAAUGGAAUAUAAGGCUAUAAAAAAGGAAAAGGAAGGAUAAGGGUGGAAUCAGAGCUGGGAAAAACCUGAGGUGUGCUGUUUAUUCCCAAAAAAUCACAAUCCUGAUUUCUGUUACAACCUCUGUGUAUUCCAGUGGGGAGUGAUGGUCGAUCUAGGGAAAGACAGAAAUUUGUGCCAGGGUUUAGGCUGGAUUCUCCCUAAUGGAGUAUUUCCUGCUGUAGCAGCCUCCCUCCUGGUGCAAUUCCACCUGGAUCCUACCUCAUGUCUCUCGUUUGUCCUGUCACAUCUUGCGGCCUCCUUAGGGAGUUAUCCAGCGACUGGUGAAUCCCACAAAUCGGAGCAGGAUAAUUUGGUGCCCUGUCUUCCACAGGAGACGGGAUGUUCAUUCCUGCUCCUUGGAAUUUUUUUGUCAUGGAUGAGUGUUUUGUUUUCCCAGAAUGAAAUUCUUGGAUUUACAGGAUAAAGUUAUCCCAACACCUCUCUACGGAUGAAAUACCAAGAAACAAAAUGUGUUUGCAGUGGGUUUUAAUAAAGACAUUCCUAAAAAUCAA